AUGACAUCUGUUAAGAAUAUUUUGUACCGUAACUUUUGCUUAGCGAAGAACAAACUGAAAUGGUUAGGAGCGCUAGAAGACUUGAAAGCAUUCGUGUUAACGGAGAUUGAUGAAGAUACAGCAGAAAACACAAACUGGCGAUCUCCUAGCGGCGGAACUUGGAAAUUUGAAAGUGAGUUACUGGCUGUUACAUGGCGAACCAAAAGUAUGAAUAUAUCCUUUGAAGGAGAAAAGGGCAAAGACCUGACUGAACGAGUAAUUUCAAAUCUGAAGGAAGAAGGUGUGAGAGAACACAACAGCAUCGCCUUAGCUCAAAAUGACACGGAGGACGACGGUGGCGAUAUAACAACUGUCGAAUGUGAAACAACCGCUCAGGUAGUCUGUAACGAACUCCCUACUAAGGUAAGCGAGAUUAAAUUAAAACUAAACCAACAUAUUGUCGAAACGAAAGCAGAGCUUCAACAAAUAAAGGAGAACUUUGCCGAACAGCUUGAUCAGCUAAGAGAACUGAGUUUGAAUGGUGGCACUAAAGUAACUGAAUAUUGUCUAACAAGCCUAGAACAUGAAAACGCUACCCUUAGACAUGAAAACACGCAACUCAGGCGCGAAAACGACUCCUUGAAAGAAAAGUUUAACAAUCGUUCUUAUAUGGUAUCGGAUCUAAAUACGAAAAUCAAAAACAUUGAAGAUGAGAAAUUGAGCCUAGUCACUGCCCUUAAGCUGCUGCAAGAAGACAGCAAAUCUAUAUCAUUAAAUAACAGAGAUGCAACCCACAAUACAUGGCACACCCCAGGGCAUAGAGCGAGAACUAAUGUACAUAACAUUUCAGCUAAUUAUGCAUGCCAAAAUAAAACUGCUCGAUCUGCAGCUGAUAUGAAUGCUCAAGAACCGGACAUAAUAACGCCAAAUAGAUUCGGUCUCCUGUCCACGUAA